AUGCCACAACAUCAUCACCUCACUCACACCCCCAUACCGUCCAGACAUCUGAACCCCGGCGGCUGGGUCGAAUUUCAAGACAUGGACGGCCUCUACUACUCCGACGACGGAACCUACACCGCACAAUACACCACGCACACCUGGAACCAGGACUUCGUUCAAGCCUGCGAAUCCAUCGGCCGCACCGCCCGUCCCGGUCCGCAACUCGAGGGCUGGGUCAACGAUGCCGGGUUCCAGAACGUGGUGCACAAGAGGUUCAAGGCGCCGAUUGGGCCGUGGCCGAAGGACCCUCACUUCAAAGACGUGGGUAUGCACAACUUGUGCCAGCUUCUGGAUGGUCUGGAAGGUUUCACGCUACGACUGUUUUGCGGGGUGCUGGGGAGGACGGAGGAGGAUGUUUUGGGCAUGUUGGAGGGUGUGAGAGAGGAGUUGAAGCGGGGGCUGUUCCAUGCCAUGUUUGAUCAUCAUGUUGUGUACGGGCAGAAGCCUUUGGAGGGACAACAACUGUAG